CAUACAGUUUUCCUACCGACAGAGGACAUUGAAAAUAUUGUUAUUGUCGCUGGCUACACGCUGCUAAGAUAAAACAGUACCCAAAGUCAGCUGCAUGUAUAUCUUGUAAUUAGCUUUUAGAUUUGAUGUGAAGUCGCUGGGGAGAUAUCAUUUCAGCUUCAUGUUUGCCUUUACUUUGCAACUAACAAAUGCGUCGUGGUUAUUAACAAGUAAUUGGACACUGUUUUGUGUGCUAACUGGUAAUACAGCUGUUAGCUAGCGUUAGCCUAGCCAUCAUAACUGCCUGGGAUGUGCCAGAAUCUAUCGUACCCUGGUGUUUCAUUUCCAGUGCCCCUUUCCGCAUCGUGUGACAUAUGGUCAUUUUGUCUGAAAUGGCAUUGAAUUAAUUCAGCACUAGCCUCAGCUGAUCUCCUAUGACAUAGGCUGAUCAACAUAUCCGGCUUGCUAGGCUGGUUGUGUACACGCUGGCUUCUUUUUUGCGCAUUAAUUGUCUUGAAAAACGCAUGUCUUGUGAUUAACAAUGUCCCGUAGCAAUCUGUCGACUGCAGGAAGAUGUUUUGUCAUUAUCGGUCUGUUCAGUGUCUUGUUAUUGACACAAGGACAAGAUGAUGAUUGGGUUGAUCCAUUUGAUAUGUUGAACUACGAUGCAACCACAAAGACCAUGAGGAAACCCCCUGACAACGUAAUCUACGACAAUGUGCCCACCAAACGAAGAGAGUACAUACAGGAACCAUGCCCUUUGCCGCAGUGUCCUGAUGUCUCUGAGUGCAACAAGAAAGUUGAGAUGCUACAGAGGGCGGUACAGGAGAACAAACGGAAGAUGUCCUCUUUACCUCUUCCACCUACGUGUAAUCCCAUCUUCAAGCGAUUCAUCUCCAAACUGCUGAAGGAAAUCUCGAAACUUGGCUUGUCAAGUGAAGGUCCAAAUGGCAUGGACUAUGAUGCCAAAGUACAUCUGUCUCCGAGGACUAUGGCUGAGCUCCAGAAGUUGUUGGAUGGGGGUGAGAGCUGGACGACUGGUUCGGUGGAUGAUGCCCUUAGUAAGAUACUGGUGGACUUCAAACCACACAACCAUGAGGCUUGGAAAUGGCGCUUUGAGGACACAUUUGGGGUUGAGCUGGACACAGUCGUGAAGACCUCCAUCUGUGUGUUGGUCAUAGUGCUGAUCAUCUGCAGCGAGGUUUGGUCCGCGGUUUCAUGGUUUGUCCAGUUCAGGAGGAUGUUUGCCAUCUGCUUUUUCAUCAGUGUUGUCUGGAACUGGUUUUAUCUUUACAAGAUUGCAUUUGCUGAGCACCAAACCAACAUGGUUAAGAUGGAAAGUGUCAAUGAGAAAUGUACUGGUGUGAAGAAGAUAGACUGGGAGGACAAUUUGAAAGAGUGGUUUAGGAGCACCUGGACUCUUCAAGAUGAUCCUUGCAAGAAGUAUUAUGAAGUACUCAUGGUUAAUCCCAUUUUACUGGUGCCUCCAACUAAGGCCAUCUCCGUCACCAUUACCACCCUCAUCACGGAACCUCUGAAACACGUUGGCCAGGGGAUCAGUGAGUUCCUGAGAGCCCUUCUCAAGGAUCUGCCAGUAACUCUUCAAAUACCCGUCCUCAUCACCAUUGUGCUGUCCAUUGUGCUCUGCACAUAUGGUGGUGCCCAGACUGCCAUCCAGCAUGCCUUUACCCGCCCACUGAGAAGAGGUCGCAGAGACCCACCACCACCCGGACUCCAAGACCAUGGCCAACGCCCCCAGCUGCAACAGAACAGAGAUUCCGACUCAGACGAGGAUGAGGACAACCAGCACUACCUUGGGGCUGGGGAUGCUCCACUCCACGUGGGUGGUAUGGAUCAGGGGGGAAGGAGGAGGGGAGGUGGUGGUGGUGUUGAAGGAAGAGGAGAAGGAAGGAGAGGAGGAGAGCUCCGUCAGAGGAGACCAGUCAGACCCAGGGAGAACCAGCGGCGGGUUAAUGUUGAGACCCUGCGCAAUGCAGAACACCGUUUCAGCGGAGACGAGACCGACCGAUCAAGGCUACCCGAGAAGGGGGUAGAAGAGGAGAGGGAGAGGGGUUCAGAGGGGGAGGUUGCUGGGGAGGACCAGGCAGCUGCUGCUCCUACUGCUCCUGCUGCGAAAAAGGUUGUCAAAGACGAAAAGAGAAAAGAGCAGCCCGACAAGAGAGUCAAUGCCAGCGACUCCCAUCAAACUGAGCAAGGCUCAGAGGGAGAGAGGACUAUGACUAUAAGGCCAUCAGAUCAACAGACACAGCAGAGCACAUCAUCAACACAGAGGCAACAGAGUCAAGGGCCUUCGGCAUCAGACCAGAUAUCUUUAGCAUCUCUACAAGGAGUCAGCAUCUUUUUGCUUAUUGAAAGGUUGAUUUCUGAGAAAAUGGCAGAAGGGGCUUCUUCUGAGCAGAAGGACACACUAAUAACGAGUGGACAUGUUGAGGACAUUGGGGUGCCGGUUCAAGAGUCAUUGCAAUAAGAGACAUUCAGAACAUGAGCCAUCACGAUUUUUUUUUUGUCUAUCUUUAAAUGGCCUUUGUUAUUUGGUACUGGGUAUGAGUAAUUGUAUGUAUAUUUUCCAAUGCAUGUCUAUUUGUCCCUGUAUAACUUAUCAGGAUACUACUAAUAUACAUGUUUUUUUAAUUCAAUAAAAAGAACUUGGAUUUUUUUUAUGCUCUUGUAUGUAAAAAAAUAAAAUAUUUGUAGUAUU